GUCACGUGAGAAAACAACAGGAAGUAAAGUGCUGUAUUGAGAGACUAUGGACAUGGAACAGUUAAACAGGCUCUAAAGAAGGUAAACAUUAAUUUAUAUAUGCUAGGGAGGCUUUUACAGCUGCCAGGAUGAGUCUUCGAGCUUUGUGGAUUAUUUCCCAUGAAAAAGGAGAAAAUGCAUCAGUUCGGUUCUCAAGGAGGUUUGCUACUGUGGAGCACCGUUAUAAAAGCCUAUCAGGUUCCUCCUAUGUAUCAGUCCCAGAGGACAGGAACUUCCUGCAGCUCCUGCUCACUGAGCUGGGCCUUUCCAGAUCUAACAAGAACUUCGUAGCUGCCAGGGAUGAUUGUCUUUACCGCCCACGCUCACCAGCUGUGGAACUGUGUUUGGAUGGAAAGAAAACUCUGUGGCCUGUGUUGGCCCUCUCUCAGGGGCCACUCAUCCUGGCUUGCCUCCCACUAGUGGAUAUCCCCUCAGAGUCACGGCCACCUUUGGCCAGCCUCCUGUCAGUGUCACAGGGUCUCACACUUCUAGCUGGUCUUCAGGCCUUUCUCUUCAGCUCAGGAGGAAAGCUGGAUAGUGAGGGGCUGGUCGCUCGUGUUGCAGCGCUUCCAUCUCUCCUCUUGCAGAUUUGCCCCCUUGGCACGCCCCUUGAUAUUCCUCUUGUAGGAACACCUGCUACGCCCACUGGGCCCACCUCUGCUGUCAACCAGAAGCAGCCGCCGUGGAAGACAGGCCUACAUCGUGGCCGCGCCACUGUGAAUGUAGCAGUGGUUGAAACUGUACGAUCUAUGCAGUUUGGGGACCAGAGUAGACAGGACCUGUGGGAUGUUUAUGGGACUGUAACCUGCAAAUGUGAAGUGGAGGGGGUGCUACCAAACGUCACAGUGACCCUCUCACUGCCACACAAUGGUUCUCCACUGCAGGACAUCCUAGUCCAUCCCUGCGUGACCUCCUUAGAUUUAAGUAUCCUGACCGCCAGCAGCCUGGAUAACGCCGACGGCUCGGCUUUCUCUGGGCCAUACAAGUUUCCCUUUUCCCCUCCUCUGGAGCCAUUUAGACUUUGCAGCUACACGUCACAGGUGCCUGUUCCACCCAUCCUUGGCUCAUAUCAGCUUAAAGAAGAAGAGAAUAGCCUUCGUGUGAACGUAUCCCUUAAACUCCACGAGUCUGUGAAGAACAGUUUUGAGUUCUGUGAAGCACUCCUGCCGUUCUUCAACAGAAAUCAAAUGGGUAAUGUGGAUGUGAAGGUGAGCUCUGGACAAGUAGACGUGACAAAGGAGAAAAAUCGCCUGAUCUGGGCUCUGGGUCAAAAGUUUCCAAAGUCACGUGAGGUUACGCUGGAGGGAAAAAUAACAUUUUCUGGAUCCUCUCAAGGACCUUCACACCCUCUCUGCACAGGACUUACAGCCUACAUUGAGCUGCACCUAAAGGUACCAGACACGACCCUGUCUGGAUGUAGCGUCGACCAGCAUUCAGUGCAAGUUUAUUCAUCUGCCAAACCCAAGAUUAUCACAUCUAGAGAACUUCAAUCCAAAGACUAUUUCAUCUGGAAUUCAACAGGUCCUGCCCCGAUAUCCUCUGGUCAGAUGAUGACAUAGUGCCGAUGGAUCCAUGUUUGAUUGUAGGGUUACAGCACAGUGUGCUGAGAGUGAAAAUCCAGCCUCCAGAUUAAUAUUGCCAUAACAUCAUUGAUUUUAUUAAAGUUAUUUUGUACAGUUCCA